UUCACCAGCGCUGCAGUAAACCGUGCACGUGUACAUCACCACAGCCGGCUACUGAUCCACGACCACCUCACCGUCGACGGAAGAUUAUACUUCACUCACAAGCACGCAGAUUAACUUGAUGUGUUAUAUAUACACAUGCUCAUGGAUGGAUGCCAUGUCUACGCAAAAUUCCAAGGAGAGACAUAGCGCUAGCUAGCUUAAUUACGUAUACGUGGUGAUCGAACUGGUCGGCAUCCGACAUGGAGAUCGGCAACGAGCAGCCGCGGCACCAUUUCGUGCUGGUGCACGGGAUGAACCACGGGGCCUGGUGCUGGUACAAGGUGGUCACGGCGCUGCGCCGCGCGGGCCACCGGGCGACGGCGCUGGACAUGGCCGGCUGCGGCGUGCACCCGGCGCGCGUCGACGAGGUGGCCGGCUUCGAGGAGUACUCGCGCCCGCUGCUGGACGCGCUCGCGGCGCUGCCGCCCGGCGAGCGCGCCGUGCUCGUCGCGCACAGUCACGGCGGGUACAGCGUCGCGCUCGCCGUGGAAAGGUUCCCGGAGAAGGUCGCCGCCGCCGUGUUCGUCACCGCCUCCAUGCCCGCCGUCGGCCGCGCAAUGGCUGCCACGAGCGACGAAUUACUCGCAUACGUCGGCCCAGACCACUUCAUGGAUUCAGAAGAGCUAGAGCAAAGGAACCCAAAGAUUGAGGGCAAACCAUUCAUCUUUGGGCCCAAAUUCAUGGCUCAGAGGGUGUACAAUCUGAGUCCACCAGAGGACUUGACUCUAGGGCUAUCGCUAAUCCGGCCGGCCAAUUCAUUCACCACGAACAACUCAAAGGAGACAGUCAUGAGGGACGAGAAUCUCCUGACGGCAAAGAGGUACGGGUCGGCGAGUCGUGUGUUCGUUACUGUAGAGGACGACCGUGCCCUCCCCGUGGGGUUCCAGCGCCGCAUGACAGCACAGAGCCCCGACGUCCAGGUGGAGGGGAUGGCCGCCGGUGGAGCAGACCACAUGGCCAUGCUCUCGCGGCCGGAAGAGCUUGCUGAGCUCCUUGUGAGGAUCGCCGGCGGCAUAUGAUGCAAAGCUAAUGAUCUUGUCGCAUGUUUUCACUGGGUGUUUACUUCGUCCUCCACCACCACUCUAUUUUCAAGGAUUUUCGACUUGUUUUGUCUGUUUUUCCAGUCCAAAGGAACAUUUUGCAGUUUUCAUGUGUUCUGCAUUUGCAUUCUUCUCAAAUUUUUGUGUAUUAUUCAUGUCGUCUAAUAAAGAUCUAAUAAUUUCGCA